AUGGCAGAAACAGCAGCAAAAAGACUUAAGAUCUCUCCCGUCACCAUCGGCACCCAUAAUGGUCAUUUCCACGCAGAUGAAGCCUUAGCUGUUUACAUGCUUCGCCUUCUUCCCACCUAUCACUCUUCAGAACUCAUUCGAACUCGAGAUACUGCACUUCUGGACACUUGCCACACCGUGGUUGAUGUGGGCGGCGAAUACAACGACGAGACGAAGAGAUAUGACCAUCAUCAACGUACUUUCGAUACUACUUUCCCCAACCGUUCCACCAAACUCUCUUCUGCGGGGUUGGUGUAUAUGCAUUACGGCAAGGCGAUUAUUGCACAGCACUUAGAUGUCGCCGAAGAUGCGGAAGAAGUCGGCGUUAUCUGGAAAAAGAUAUAUGAGAACUUCAUUGAGGCACUUGAUGCUCAUGAUAACGGCAUCUCGGUCUACGACCCAAAGGCCAUCUCCGCUGCAGGUUUGGAGAAGAAAUUCAGUGAUGGAGGAUUCUCAUUAGGCGCUAUGGUAUCUAGAUUGAACCCAAAUUGGAAUGAUCCGACGCCCUCCGAUCCAGUCGAGGCACAGAUGGCGGAAGAUAAGAAAUUUCUGGUGGCUAGCACCAGAAUGGGUGAAGAAUUCUCAAGAGAUUUGGAUUACUAUGCAAAGUCAUGGUUGCCAGCACGAGCAAUCGUACAGCAAGCAUAUACUAAACGUCUACAAUACGAUUCGAAGGGAAGAAUAUUGGUUUUCGAUGGCCAAUCUGUUCCAUGGAAGGAUCACCUUUACACACUCGAAGAUCAAGAGAACACCGAAAACAAAGUACUCUAUGUUCUCUACCCCGAAAACACACGUCCAGAUGCGAAAUGGAGAAUUCAAUGUGUACCAGUUUCCAAGGACUCUUUCCAAAGCAGGAAACCAUUGCCAGAGGCAUGGAGAGGUUUCAGAGAUGAGCAACUAUCUGAACUCACUGGUAUCCCAGGAGGAGUAUUCGUUCAUGCAGCAGGAUUCAUCGGAGGCAACAAGACUUUCGAAGGGGCAAGUAAGAUGGCAGCAACCGCAGUUGACUUGUGA